AGCCAAUGGAAGACGACAAGGCCGAUAUCUAUACCAAAGAUGGUACCGUGGACUUUUACAAGAAACCUGCUAACAAGGACAAAACCGGAACUUGGAAAGCCUGUCGCUUCAUUCUUGUGACCGAGUGCUGUGAGAGAUUAGCAUACUAUGGCAUGGGCACAAAUUUAGUCAACUAUCUCACAACACGCCUCGGUUUAGGCAACGUUGCUGCAUCGAACAGUGUUACAAACUGGUCGGGCACAUGCUAUAUUACACCUCUCCUCGGUGCAUUCCUGGCCGAUUCUUACCUCGGUCGAUACUGGACCAUCGCCACUUUCUCUUCCAUUUAUGUUCUCGGAAUGGCACUCUUGACAAUGUCUGCUUCAAUCCCGGGACUAAAGCCCGAGUGCGUCGACGAUGUCUGUCACCCAACGUCUUCACAGACGGCUACCUUCUUUGCAGCACUGUACUUAAUAGCGCUCGGAACUGGUGGAAUAAAACCGUGUGUUUCGUCUUUCGGUGCUGAUCAGUUUGAUGAGAGUGACGAGACGGAGAAGAAAAAGAAGAGCUCGUUUUUCAACUAUUUUUAUCUGUCGAUAAAUAUAGGCGCUAUGAUCGCUUCCUCGGUUUUGGUGUGGAUACAAAUGAAUGUGGGGUGGGGUUGGGGUUUUGGCGUGCCUGCAGUUUCGAUGGCUGUUGCGGUUAUUUUCUUCUUCGUUGGAACAAGUCUUUAUCGGAUUCAAUUACCCGGUGGAAGCCCGUUGACUCGAAUCUGCCAGGUUUUGGUUGCGUGCAUGAAAAAAGUCAACGUAGAAGUUCCAAUGGACAAGUCCCUUCUUUAUGAAACUGAUGAUAAUGAAUCUAACAUUCAAGGUAGCAGAAAGCUUGAGCACACAGACAAGUUCAGGUUUCUUGACAAAGCUGCGGUGGCGACAGAAUCCGAUGAGAAUGUGAAGCCAUGGAGUCUCUGCACGGUGACACAAGUGGAAGAAUUCAAAUCGGUACUAAGACUGCUUCCGAUUUGGGCAACCGGCAUAGUUUUCUCCACAGUGUACAGCCAAAUGAGCACGAUGUUCGUUCUGCAAGGCGACACAAUGGACCAGCACCUCGGUCGGAAUUUCAAGAUUCCAGCGGCAUCUUUAUCCCUUUUCGACACACUCAGUGUAAUCUUCUGGGCACCUGUAUACGACCUAAUAAUCAUCCCCAUCGCAAGAAAGUACACGAAAAACGAAAGAGGGUUCACUCAGCUCCAAAGAAUGGGAAUCGGGCUAGUGAUCUCGAUUUUCGCCAUGGUUGUGGCUGGUUCACUCGAAGUCAGUCGAUUAAAUUACGUCCGAAAAAAUAACUUGUACGACGAAAAGACCGUUCCCAUGACUAUCUUUUGGCAAGUUCCGCAGUAUUUCUUGGUUGGUUGUGCGGAGGUUUUUACGUUUAUCGGGCAGUUGGAGUUUUUUUACGAUCAAGCCCCCGAUGCAAUGAGGAGCCUUUGUGCUGCGCUUUCGCUUUCGACGAAUGCUUUGGGGAAUUAUUUGUGCACUGCUUUGGUGACUAUUGUGGCUAAUGUUACUACAAGAAAUGGAGGGCUAGGAUGGAUUCCUGACAAGAAUUUGAAUAGAGGGCAUCUUGAUUACUUCUAUUGGCUGCUGGCUAUACUUAGUUUGAUCAACUUCUUUGCCUAUUUAUUCAUUGCUAAUUGGUAUACUUACAAGAAAGUUGUGGGCAAAUCUCCUUGAUUCUUUAAUUAUUAAGCUAAUUGUAAUUCAAAAACAGAUGUAUUAAUUCUGUCUAUUUAUUA